AUGGAUCAGUGUGAGGACAGAGAGGAGGGAGACCCUCCCUCUGAAACCACUCUGUGUGAGGAACAUGACAGCCAGACCAAAGCUAGGAGGAGCAAGCUGGAAAAACCUGAACCCAGCUGUGUAUCCAUGAAGAGUGACCGAUCUAUGUAUCUACCUAUAUUCUUCAAAUAUGAACGCCACUCUGUUGAUCAAAGAGUGGACCAGGAGAGCUCAGAGGUUCCCGGUGGUCCCUCUGCCCAGCAGCAUCAAACACACCUGGACUCCAUAUUUGUGCUGCUAGAGGAGAACAUCAUCACUUUUGUGAAGAACGAGCUGAAGAAGAUCCAGAAGGUUCUGAGUUCAGUUGACCCAGAAUGCUUAGAGGACCAGUGGGAGAAUGAGGAGGUGUUGGAGGGUGAGAAUAAGAAGCAGACGAGGAGAAGCAGAGAGGAGUUUCUGAAGAUCACACUCGAUUUCCUGAGAAAAAUGAUGCAGGAGGAGUUGGCUGACUGUCUGCAGAGCAUUCAUUCAGGAACUCGUGCUGCAGUGUGCCCACGUAAACUUAAAUGCAACUUGAAGAAGAAGUUCCAGUGUGUGUUUGAGGGGAUCUCUAAAGCAGGAAACCCAACCCUUCUGAAUCAGAUCUACACAGAGCUCUACAUCACAGAGGGAGGGACUGCAGGGGUCAAUGAUCAACAUGAAGUCAGACAGAUUGAAACAGCAUCCAGGAAACCAGACAGACCAGAAACAACAAUCAGACAAGAAGACAUCUUUAAAGCCUCACCUGGAAGAGAUGAACCAAUCAGAACAGUGCUGACAAAGGGAGUGGCUGGCAUUGGGAAAACAGUCUUAACACAGAAGUUCACUCUGGACUGGGCUGAAGACAAAACCAACAAGGACAUAAUGUUCACAUUUCCAUUCACUUUCAGAGAGCUGAAUGUACUGAAAGAGAAAAAGUUCAGCUUGGUGGAACUUGUUCAUCACUUCUUUCCUGAAACCAAAGAAGCAGGAAUCUGCAGGUUUGAGAAGUUCCACGUUGUGUUCAUCUUUGAUGGUCUGGACGAGUGUCGACUUCCUCUGGACUUCCACAACACUGAGAUCCUGACUGAUGUCACAGAGUCCACCUCAGUGGAUGUGCUGCUGACAAACCUCAUCAGGGGGAAUAUGCUUCCCUCUGCUCGCCUCUGGAUAACCACAAGACCUGCAGCAGCCAAUCAGAUCCCUGCUGACUGUGUUGACAUGGUGACAGAGGUCAGAGGGUUCACUGACCCCCAGAAGGAGGAGUACUUCAGGAAGAGAAUCAGAAAUAAGAAGCAGGCCGGCAGAAUCAUCUCCCACAUCAAGACAUCACGAAGCCUCCACAUCAUGUGCCACAUCCCAGUCUUCUGCUGGAUCUCUGCUACAGUUCUGGACCUGUUGAAAACCAGAGAGGGAGGAGAGCUGCCCAAGACCCUGACUGAGAUGUACAUCCACUUCCUGGUGGUUCAGUCCAAAGUGAAGAACAUCAAGUAUGAUGAAAGAGCUGAGACAGAUCCACACUGGAGUCCAGAGAACAGGAAGAUGAUAGAGUCUCUGGGAAAACUGGCUUUUGAUCAGCUGCAGAAAGGAAACCUGAUAUUCUAUGACUCAGACCUGACAAAGUGUGGCUUCGAUAUCAGAGCAGCCUCAGUGUACUCAGGAGUGUUCACACAGGUCUUUAGAGAGGAGAGAGGACUGUACCAGGACAGGGUGUUCUGCUUCGUCCAUCUGAGUGUUCAGGAGUUUCUGGCUGCUCUUCAUGUCCUUCUGACCUUCAUCAAGUCUGGAGACAAUCUGAUGGAAGAAGAACAAUCAACCUCCAGGCGAUGGACCAGACUGAGGAACAAACCUGAACCAACACGUCUCUACCAGAGUGCUGUGGACAAGGCCUUACAGAGUCCAAAUGGACAUCUGGACUUGUUCCUCCGCUUCCUCCUGGGUCUUUCUUUGCAGACCAAUCAGACUCUCCUCAGAGGUCUGCUGACACAGACAGGAAGUAGCUCAGAGACCAAUCAGAAAACAGUCGAAUACAUCAAGAAGAAGAUCAGUGAGGAUCUGUCUCCAGAGAGAAGCAUCAACCUGUUCCACUGUCUGAAUGAACUGAAUGAUCAUUGUCUAGUGGAGGAGAUUCAACAGUCCCUGAGAUCAGGAAGUCUCUCCACAGAUAAACUGUCUCCUGCUCAGUGGUCAGCUCUGGUCUUCAUCUUACUGUCAUCAGAAACAGAUCUGAAUGUGUUUGACCUGAAGAAAUACUCUGCUUCAGAGGAGGCUCUUCUGAGGCUGCUGCCAGUGGUCAAAGCCUCCAACAAAGCUCUGUAG